AUGAUUGAAUGCACUGAGCAACGUUUCCUCGCAAUUUUCGUCUGCCACACUAUGAAUAGAGUUGUUUUGAGGUCUAGUUACUCGUCCCGAUCGGGUAGAUGCAGGCUGGUUACUGCACGGCAUGGAAAUGUGUGGCUCCAUCUCUGGAUGGCCUAUAAGGUCAUCCCGCAGUUUUCCUCGUUCGAUGAAGGAUGUUCAAAUCAAGGUAGAAGUGUUAAAUUACUUCUCAUGAAGUUUUUUUCAUAACUGACAUCUACAUUGUAAGAUCGUGGCUGCCCAGAUUGCUAUUCUCGGACAGUUGCUGGUUUGCCUUAAUACUAAACCCACAAGCGAUUGCGUUACUGAAGGCACCCUGACUUGAUUUUGCCCUCCUCCUAUUCUCAGUCUUGCAUUACUGGCCAUCUGACUAAGCUGAUGGGGUGUUCGCAUACAAGGAAAAGCUUAUCAGAUUUGACGGCAGAACGUUAGCUUUGAACUCGUGUGGCUUUCUCCACCAAACGAAGGCAUGGAACUGUUGCGAAAAGAGCUUCCCUUGAGAGAAACAUUGCUCCAACCCCUUGAUAUUUUUGAGAUACAGACCAUCAUCUUUUUUCAAGCUAUAACUUUAUUUAUCUCUCGCGAGUUAAAGAAUUGUUCUGAGGAAGGUAAAACAAUGAUGAGUUGUGAUGCAUUCAAGGCUUAUGAAUACAUUUUCAAACUUUAGGUUAGGCACUGGAUGUCACUGACAAAAGAUAAUUUUAUAGCGUAAAAAACGAAAUCUUUCGUAGUUUGCUUCUUUCCCAUAGCACAUAGUAGUAAAACUUCAAAUUAAGCUUAUAUCAUGUAUACAUUUCCUUGGUUGAAAUGAAUUCCUGGAAAAUUAAGUAUUAAACGCUGGCCCUAAAAAUCCCAAAUUGAUGUAAACCGACGAUAAGGCACGGGAGAAAAUGACUGGUUUAUCCCUUACAGUUGAUCCCUACCAUCAUACAUGUCGCUUGGCCAAUCAGCGUAACUCAGAAGAUAAUAGACGAUUUUAUAUGGUGGCCAGUAGCAUGAUAAUCCAAGAAAAGACCGAACUUUAUCACCCAAUUUUUAAUGAAUAUAAGCAGGGAUUCUGAGUCUGAUUAAAGAAAGAGGUAUUUUCUAAAUCUUUUGAAAUAAAUGAUGGGUAUACCAGCGAUAUUCACUCCACAAAUUUUGUAAAUUUAUUUCAUCGUGCCUAUUGUUAUCAGUAAUUGCUGUUUGGUUGGCUGACGAAUUAUUGAUUUACGAGUUACUCAUGCGAUUGUGCAUGCACAGUGCCUCACCUGGCCCCCCAUUUAUUGGCUGAGAUAUAAUUUCUCGACUUGAUACUGCAUUACAGCUUGUCGCGCAUACUAAAAUAUAGAUUCUCGUAUCAUCGACGGACGAAGACGGAUGUGUUGUAACGGCUUGAUGUGCUCACAAAUUUUUUAAGGUAUAAGACAACGAUGUGCGGUCGCUGCUAGCCCCGGGGUUAAGGUUAGAAUCAUCAGGAGAAGGUUUUUUUUUUACUUUUACUCAUAAACUGAAACACUCUCUUUCAGCCUGGAAAAAUCAGCGGAAUCUUUAACGUGGGAGUAUUUGACGUUCUGUUGCAACCCUCAGAGAGGAAGGCGUUGUUUAUGGUGGGAACUGGAAAUAGCGAAAGAAAGGGGAUUGGAUGUGCAGUAGAAUGUGAGGGGAAAUAUUAUGUGCUCACGUGUAGAGAUGUUGCCAGCCCUGAAGACGCAGGAGCAGACAAUGAGCACGAAUUUAUCUUAGAUCGCUAUUGUUCGAAUCAUCCAAAGCAUGUCGGCAAACAUCGCCCGAAAGCCCUAGAUAUUCUGUGCGAUGACAAGCGUAGUUUUCUCCUUCUCCCAGAUGACCAAGUUUUGAGUUCGCAUUUCCUUUUGAGUGCAGACAGUAAAAAGAAAGAGAAGGUUUACUCAUAUUUUCUCAGUGAUGAUGGAAAACGAGCACAAUCUAUUGAUUGGUCGUACAAUAACAACACGAGGAAGUACUCCAUUGGGCGUGACCUCGACAGAAAAAACUUUCUUGGUUCACCGGUGCUCUAUUCUGAUAAGACAGAUAAAACCUUUGUGGUUGGAGUGGUUGGUAAGGAAGAGAACACUUAUCACCCAAUUUUCUUCGAGAGCGCCUCACUUCCUUAUCCGGGUAAGAAGCUUACUUAAUCCUUACUUAGUUUGCUUCCUUUAAGUAACUUAGAUUAUAGUCCCACAAUCAUUGGGAUUUCAUGUUCAUGUCUUCAUUGCAAUAAGCUUUAAAAAGAAGCACUCUUAACGUUUCGCUCCGAUCAUUUCUCGUCGGGAUAAAUUUUCAAUUUGGAAACCAAAAAAAUCAUGAUACGAAUAAUGGUCAUGGUCAUUAUACCAAAUAAAGUGGUAAUACGAGGAGUCUUUUAGACAUUAAGGAACAGGCAAAAAAGUCUAGACCUCGAAACUACCCCCCGGAGUGGCCCGCCCAGCCGGAGUUUAUCCCGGUUACCUUAACAUGAAGCGACUAGGAGUAUUACUACUCCCCCCUGGAUGAGCUGUCAGAUCAUCGCAGGGUUACGGCCCCAGAAUUUCAUCAGGCUUUCCCACAAUUAUGAUUAGCGAGCACCCAUUUUUACUCCCGAUUGUUGAGAGGCACUGUGAAAAAAAAGUGUUUUGCCCAAGAACACAACACAAUGACCCAGCCAGGUCUCGAACUCAGCCCUCUCGACCGGGAAAAGAAGUCCUUAACAUAACAGCCAUGAUUCCUUAGUGUCAAAAGAAACCACUUGAUUUUAAUGGCUAGCAUCCUUCCUGCAGGUGCUCCCAGUCAAGUAUAUAUUGUACCGGUUCCACGUGAAAUAACUGAGGACAGGGUGACGUUGCCGUGGACAGCACCUAAAGACAAUGGAGGAGUUAUAACAGAGUAUAAAGUCUAUCAAAGAAAAGUUAAUGGCUCACCUUCUGACUGGGAAAGAAAGCCAACUGGUCUACACUCUCUUCAGCAUGAAAUCGUUGGUUUAGAAAGGGGGAAAAUGUAUGAAUUCCAAGUAACUGCCACAAACCGGUAUGGUGAGAGCCCAAAAGGGGAGGACGCGACAAGGGGAGUAAGAGUGUUGGGUAAGGCUCUCAAAUGUGGCUUUAAACUACAUCUAAAUGAAAUUAGAUUAAGAAUAUACAUGAAUCUGCACUGUAUGGGAUGGGAAAGGGUUGUGGUAAAAUACUGUGUUCGGCUGAAACCGCCGAUGAUGCGAGGACUUCUUUUUUUUCUUCUCACGAUUGAAAAUGUAAAUGAGAAUGUGUUUUUAAUAUGUUUAUGAUUCCCUCUGCCUUCCACUCUUUUUGAAAACUGAUGGGUGGCUCUUUAAGUAAUAGAAAAAAAGCAAGAAGCAUCAGGGUACUGAACUGUAGUUGAACUUUCCUAACAUGUACUUGGUUCCUUGUAAAACUUUCCCUUUAAAGAACUCUUUAUAACAUUUCGUUAUUCCCGAGGUAUUUCACCAUUGUCUGAUAAUCAGUAUUGAUACACAAAGAGGUAGAUAGAAAAUCAUCUCGCACUAAGAAUCUUAACCUACGCCUAAUUUUGUCGUAAUUGAGGCUCAGAGUGAAAAGCGUAGUUUAUAAACUCUUUCAAAAAAUUUUCAUUCAAGAUUUCCGAAAAGUAUUCUAGGUCUAGUUAGAUUUGCAGUCAAGAAGUAUUUUAAGGAAUCAGUUUGGCAAAGAAGUCAGUAAUGGCUCCGAGGCAUAUCCAGUAUUCAGGAUUAUGAUAGUGAUAAUACACAGAUCAGAAAAGGUUGAUGAUGAUUCCAUCUUUUCUGCAGGUGUUCCCAAUCAAGUGAAAAUUGUAGAAUAUCCAAGUGAAAUAAUUGAAGACAGAGUGACCUUGACGUGGAGAGCACCUGAAGACAAUGGUACAGUUGUAACACAGUAUACAGUCUAUCAAAGAGAAGUCAAUGAAGAUGGUUCACGUUCUAACUGGAAAGGAGAGGCAACUGGUCGAGACGUUCUUCAACAUGAAGUCGUUGGUUUAGAAAGCGGGAAAAUGUAUGAAUUCCAAGUAACUGCCACAAACCAGUGUGGUGAGAGCACAAGGGUAGAGAAGGGCCCAAACAUAGUCCAAAUUGCAUGUGGUAAGUUCCAGCCAUUUUAAGUAACAAUUAGAUUGCAUUAUUGAUUCAAAUUUUUAAUUUAGGGUACAGUGGUAGGAACCGAACACGGAGCCUUUAAAAUCCGUCUUUAAACUUCACACGGUGAACAUUCAAACAUUUAAAAGCUGGCGAAAUGAUAAAACGACACUGGUAGUCCUAUCCUGCCCACGACUCACAUUUCAUCUUUAUACUUGGUGGCUUACUGGCUCUGCGAGUUAUAAUUAGGCUUUCUGAUCUAAGCCUUCGCGGUCACAGGACAUAAACAAAGAAAUAGUUGACAUUUCGAAACACUGAUCCUGAGUGAGAUGCCAAAAAAUCAGGGACCAGCGAAUGUCUAUAGCCUGGGAGAGUGAGGAGUGGUAUAUUUUGCGGGGAUCAUGUAAUUUUCCGGAUGAACGGGUGAUCAGUAGCCGCCAACAGGGUAUAAAGGGAGGGGGGGGGACCAUGAUAAAUUGACGACUAAUUAACCGACAACGAAGAGGGUAUCAUCAGAAUAUUGCAGAGACUUAUGGGGGAGUCAGCUAAAUCUUUAUCGUGACACGACUGAAAUCCUCCAAUUCCAACCACAAUCCCCUUGAAGGCGAAAGAUAACGAUCGGUUGGUCACUUCUCCAUACACGACCAAGAUUCUCUCUGUGGGGGGUCCUUAAAAUCACUAAACCCUUAUGACUUUCAGAGGUUCGAUUGUAAUGUUAAUUAUAGUGAAACUAACAUUUUAUAGACAUUUUUAAAUUUCCUCCUUUUUCAUAGUUUCACCUGAUUCAUUAUUGGAGUUUUUGCUAUUCAAGAUUUUUUCGUUUCUCAACAACACGAUCUGGUCUUGGCGGAAUUGGACGGAAGGUAUUUGUUACAGUAGUUUACGUGUAUUUCGUAAAUGACUUAGGGACUGGAGAUUCGGAUGCGUCUUCUGGCUAGCUCAACUGUGAGAGUGUCUGACUGUUGUGCUAUCCUCUGAUGGUUAUCUUUAUUUGGUAUAUACUAAAACAGUGGAUAGUUUCGAAGGCGCACUCUGAUUGACUAUGCAAACUCCUAGACUUGCUCUUAAUUAAGGUGCCGAUAUGUGAUAAACAUAGGACACAGAUCUGGACAAAUCUUUGAUUAUCUAUUUUUUUAAUUAUCUCGUGCCUCUCCAUAGGUUGAAGAGGUCAUGGACAUCGAAAGUGAACCAGACAAUUGGUUAGAGUAAUUUAACGUAGCCUCAAACAAUAUUGGCCGCGGCAUUUAAAACAAUUUACAUCAGUUUUAAUUUACGUUACAUAUGAAACAAUGGAUGGCGUCGAAGCUGCGCUCUGAUUGGGUACUCAAACUCUAAAUAUAUAUCCUUUGCUAUUCACCUCCUAUAACUCGUGCAGGAUUUGCGCCUAAAUAUUGUCAUCGUUGUUAGUAUAAAUGAGUUGAAAUCGUUUUUUGUGUCACUGUCUGUACUGAAACAACUAGUCACCUUUGAGCAACUGAAGAGAAAAAAUCGCGUGUCGACCAUUUUUUGGUAUAAUGACAAUAAUAAACUGAUAUUUUCAUAUAUGCGGGUGUAUAGUGAAAAAUUAUAAGAACGGAUUUUCACUGAGGCGGAUUUCUUUAGCGAAAGUCUUAUUCAAAGAUUACAGCUUAAGAUUUAAGUUUGCAAACAUCCUCAACUGAUAAGGGCUAAAAAUGUUCAUCAAAACAGGUCGAAUUAACUUGGACGUUAAUGUGGUGAUAAAACCAGUCAUCAGAGCCGAAGGAUAGAAAUCCAACCAGGACACCUAUCAUUUGGAUCCCAAUUCACGUUGUUUUAAAUGCACAAUUAUUGAAUACCGAAGAGCUCGAUUGGUUUACCUCAGUAAACUAUUGUUAUUUUAGGGGAGGGGCAGAUGCGCAAUGGCUCGGAUUCUGACAUUGAAUUGAUCCAGUUAAGUUUCAAGAGUAGUUAACUGGUCAAGAAUCUAGAUCUAAAUAGCUGUUUUAUGUGGGUAACUCAUAUUAGCCGGCUCGUAUAUAUUAUGUGUUAAAUCACCGAAUACGAUAUUUUUUGUAAAUAGAAUAAGAAGGAUGGUAAGUUUUGAGCUCGGUAACGAAAUAAAGAAAUAUGAUUUUUCGUCUUGUCAUGAGCAUGGGACAAAAAAAAUAAUUCUGAGUCCCCACGAGAAAGCGAACCUCAGACCUUCGGGUUCUGCGCUCCAAUGCUCUACCAACUGAGCCGUAGAGACUCUAUGGUGAGCAAGACCAUUACAAAGUUCAUAUAUGAUUCGCAUUCUGCAUAUUGCUAGGAUCAGCAAUGUCAUUAGCGUCAUGUUUUGUAAAUAGAAAACACGUGUAUUCCACUGAAAAGACCUGAAACUUCUCUUUGAAAUUCCCCAGCCUACCCAGGCACGGACGACAAUCAAAUGCACUGGGUUGCCUGGGGAGAGGUGGGGGGGGGAGGGGGGUGGGGUAAUUAAAGCUUCGAAGUGAUCUGUGCAUAAGCUAUGUGAUGUGUCUUGUCCAUCUCAUUGAGUCGUUGCAAAGUUAAACGUUUACAGGAACAGAUGUAUUUAUCACAAUUUAUUGUAAAAUCACCCUCGGUAACAAACCUUAGAUUAACUUCUUGAUUAGUUAACGUGGACAUUCAUGGGGCCAUCGCUGGUUCCCAUUUAAUAAAAGACGCUUUUUGAUGUAAGGCUCGUUUUUUUAGUCAUCAAGUUGCUCCAAAGCAAACGUUUUAAAUAGCAAUUGUGUCUUGCCCAUAACAAAUUACUCUGUUCCAUGUGGCAUGGACAUUUUUCGGGUUUUGAUUUGGGGGGCUUUGCAGAUUGGCCUGAAGCUGCAAGGUCGAAAAACUUUUGGGGAUACGUAGGUUGGCUAGGGUAGGUUUUUUCAUUCAGUUUCCUUACUGUAUCAGUCCUUAUUGGUGGAAAACUCUACGAUUUACUAGAAUUCAAUUAAAUGAAUCAAAUGUGUGGAGUGCGCUGUCUGUUAGACUUUUAUAGUAGUUUGGAAUGUUUCUUUUCUUUCCCUGAUGAUUUGUAAUUUCCAGCAAUUCGCAAACUAAAUUUUUAGCGGAAAUUCAGGUUAUAAUUUCGGCAGUCCAGUAAUUAAGACCCGCCUUCAAAAUGUUCAUGCCAUAUGGUAUCACACACACUUUACAACGGGCAGGUGUCCCAAUCUUUAGUUAAAAGUAUCUAAUUAUUAUGGCUAUUCUUGCAAACGACUAUAUACCAAAAUAAUGCAACAUUUUUUCUUUUUUUUUUUUUUUUUAUCAUCAAAACACUCUUUUCAUUUGGCCUUUGUUUCAAGUCUACUCAAUUUAUUCCAUGUUACGCCAGAUAUAAUUUAAUUAUUUCUUAAUGAUACACAUGCAGAUCGACUAAAAGGCCCGUUCAACUUUUUCAAUCGAAUUUCAAUUGUUUUGUCCUUAGUUUCAACCUUUUGCAUGAAUCGGAAUUAAUUGAAGCGUUCUUGUAUCCUGAUUAUAGUCAAUUGAAACCGAGCUGCUUUAUUCAGCGAUGUCUGCCGAGCAUAGUCACAUAUAACGCUUCGUAAGCCUUUCAUCAGUUUACUAAAUUUUUCUGCAAAAAAGUUUCCAAAAGUCACCAGUUUACUUAUAGACCGUUCCUCUCCCGAUUUUCAGAUCUCACAAAAAUUGUUGUGAUAGCAAGUUUAAAAAACUCCUACUAGAAUAAGAACAUGGAUAGAAAUUAUUGAUAAUGGGAAUUUGGAAGUCAUUGCAUCAACUACCUAUACAAACAGUUGUUUUCGAUGAUUUAAUUAAGUCUCCUAAGCUGCUUUCGCACAAAGAUCAAAUAUGCCAUGAGGCCUGGGUGCCUGUAUGAGCUUAUAGCUGCACAUGUCUCAAUGGACAUUAGAUUUUCAAUGAUUUAUCUGCGGAAAUAAAAGAAAUAAAAAAAACUAGAAGCGGAAAUUCAGUUGUUUUUUGAGUUUCUCUUUGUCUACACUCAGACAUAAAUUCAAAUCCCAUUCUGUUACAUUGAACGAGACGGAAGAAGCAUGAGCUCAGCGGAAAGAAGCAGUACGUUUUCCUCUCUUCCGUUCUCUUUCUUGACCCUUGCUUAACUCAAGCUUUUAACUUUUCACCAAAGAAAACUGACAGGACUGGUACACAAUGCAAUGCAACAUUGCACUCAUUACUGCGUAUGAUACAUUUUCAUGAAGAGCCCAGUCAAUCUGCAAAAUCUCCUAGAAUGUUGUGUUCAACAUUGUAGCGUGACAACUUUCACUAAACGAUGCUAGUCACACCUAUUACAUUUCCUGCAGGGAUAAAUCUAGGAUAAGUAAUUAGAGGAAGGGGGUGGAGGAGGGGGAAUGAAGCACCAGCCUAUCGGUGCCUACACCCAUUUUAUGGGAAUAUAAUGAAGAGUGCAGGUUCCCGGGACUCCUUUCCUUCCCUGUAUCUGCCUUCAAGUUGAUCACUUAUGAUAAGGAACCUAUCGUGUUUUCCGUACCUGUUAUCAUUGGAAGCCACGCAAAAAGGAGUAGGAAAAGCCCUGCUGGGAUGAGGAGGACAGCUAAAAUCUUUGAGAUUUUUUUGUAAUCAUCUACAGAGGAAAAGUUAGUAAAGGAAAGAAGAUUAUGUCGCGAAAGACUAAGUGCAUUUAUGUCCAGUUUGGCCUGUCCGCCUACGAGCAGCUUGUUUUUUGUAGACACAACUGAGAUGGUUAGCAAUCAAUACUUACAUUGAACAUCCAGUAUAGCACAACUGGAGUUAACAACUGAAACAGUGUUACUCGCAACACCUUGAUAUUUUCCACAAUCUUCCUUUGUCAAAUUCUUUAUAGUCAGCUUCUUUUUGUCAUCAGACAGACUGAUCCUGUCAUUGACCGUUAGAGUUGAUUCAUUUUUCUUCCAUGAUAUAUCAGGCUUUGGAUUUCCACUAGCGUUGAAAGAUAAUGUUACGUCUUUCCCUUCCCUUUUCGUGACGCUUUGAGGAUGUUCAGUUAUCUUUGGGGAACCUGCCCGUAAACAGUAACAGAAAUAAGGAAGGAAAUAAUUUGCUUAAUAACGAUAAAAACGAUACAAUCUUCGUUGAAGAGGGACGAAGUAAAUGUCAUAUCACCUCACUUCUCAUCGAUGAAGGGCAAGUGGGGUUAUUGACAGAAGUAUAAAGUCUCGAUUAUAUGCUAUUGAAAACUGUGUAUUUGGUUUGAAAAAAAAGUGCAUUUAUGUCCAGUUUGGCCUGUCCGCCUACGAGCAGCUUGUAAUUAAACAGUUUAACCCCGGUUAAGAACGAGUCAAAUUCGAGAGUUUUCUUAUGGGCACAACUGAGAUGGUUAGCAAUCAAUACUUACAUUGAACAUCCAGUAUAGCACAACUGGAGUUAACAACUGAAACAGUGUUACUCGCAACACCUUGAUAUUUUCCACAAUCUUCCUCUGUCAAAUUCUUUAUAGUCAGCUUCUUUUUGUCAUCAGACAGACUGAUCCUGUCAUUGACCGUUAGAGUUGAUUCAUUUUUCUUCCAUGAUAUAUCAGGCUUUGGAUUUCCACUAGCGUUGAAAGAUAAUGUUACGUCUUUCCCUUCCCUUUUCGUGACGCUUUGAGGAUGUUCAGUUAUCUCUGGGGAACCUGCCCGUAAUCAGUAACAGAAAUAAGGAAGGAAUUAAUUGUUUCUAAUAUUAAAACACGAAGACCGCUUGCGCGGUCUCGAGCCAGAGGUCCACGCUAAAAAUGUACGAGAAUAUUAUCUUUGGUAUAAACUGAAUAAGACAGAGAAAAAUUAAGUCAAACCCUAUCAAAUGCAAAGGUAGGGAAGGAACAGUUGGGUUGGGGCUAGAUGGAAAAAAAUAUUAGAGGAUAAUUACCCAGCAUAUUCAAAUGAUAAUCAAAACUAACUACCGAAGUGCGUCACGUCACUUGAGUCUUUCAGCCAAUAUCAUCAUGGCAAAACUGACCAAUCAAUUUUCACGAACCAGAGAAACACUCGACUGUCUUGACUUUGAUGAUGACUGCCGCUAAGGUUGUCCAAACAUCAGUCAUUAUUACCGAAAGCAUUGCUCUUCAGUUCUUUUGCCAACUAAACAAUCAGGAUACGCGACCAAAUGCUACACCGGGGGCUCAAACCAGUUACUCUGGUAAUACUUUCCUACACCCAUAUCUAAAACCAAACAUGACUAAAGGCCAGUAGGUGACUUAUAUGGUGAUCAAUAUUUUAAUUGAUCAAAACAAAUGAAUAUUAUGACGAACUUACCCAAAUUUCUCAGAUCAUCCAUCCCAAAUAGUCGUGGCAAAAAGGUUUCUUUUUCUUUAUCAACCACGCCGAUGACGUAAAAACGUUGUGUUUUAGGAUCUUUCCACAGAACUGGAGAGCCCAGUGAUGUUUGAUCCCCUAAGACCACCUUUUUUUUAGGCUUGUACCUACCUGUUUCACUGUCUUUUACCCAUUUUAUUUUACGAUGUAUGUUAGGAUACUCAAUGAUCAACGAUUUAAUCACAUCUGGAGGGUUUCCCGCAUUGCGUGAUAUUGCCUUCAGGCUCUUAUCCGGUUUCCAGUGAUUGGAAGGAGUCAGGAAGGAGAAAUUUUGCUUAAAAAAAAAAUUUUCACCGUCUAUGUUGAGGUUUCGUCUGUGAUGUAAGAUUGGCUUCCUCCAUUGACGAGCAGAAAAACAUCGCUUCUGAUUUUUCGAAGCAACUUUGUUGCAAGUAAGCAGAUAAUAUUCCUUUCCGUCAAUUUCCACAACACAUGCAAUUCCUGCAUCUAAUUCUUGCCCAUUUAUUUCAAAUGUUAGGCGAUACACACAAUCUGGCACGUCGCAAUCUCGAUUUUUGAAUGCUCUAGAAAAAAAAGUCAUUUUCUGGUGAGAAUAUCUGCAAAAUCCGCUGCAAGAAAACAGAACAAUAAUCCAUAAGCGAAUUGCUUUUCCAUCUUUAUAGACGAUAAAUUAGUGCUGUUUUUACUGUUCAAAUCAUUUCCAAUCAAUUGCAGGGACGUUUUCGUUUAGAAUUAAAUCAGGGAUAUAAAUUUGAUGUUGACCUUAGUGCAGAUGACGGCCAAGUAGCGAAAUGAUACUUUCCGUGUGGUGAACUGCACUGAAAUCAAAAUUGCAUUGAAAGAAUCCUGACUAAUUUUCGCUUCAACGGGAUUUGAACCUUUGUUUCCUGGUUACUAGCAAGUAACUUUUGCUACUACUAAUAAUAAUGAUGUACGCAGCCACAUCUUGAAAGCGCAGAAAAUUGUAAGGGGCCCGUUAUUCUCACAGGGGGAAUUUUCUCACAUUCAAAUGAAGCGUGAAUUUUUCCAAGCUUCUCUUUCUGCAGCACACCUCUGAGAAUCAUUUCGUUACUCGCAUACUGUAUCGUAACAUCCGAUUGUGAUAUCUAUAGAGAAUAUCACAUGGGCGCACGUAGAUGUGGAAUAUUUCACUUCGAGUGUUUAAAUGAUAUUUGGUCUCACUGACAAGAUGAGAGAAGAUUCGACAAACGGGCUCGGAGUGAAAAUGGUGAACGCUUUGCCACUCAUUUAUCAACCUGACAGAAAGGCGCAAGAGGCGAGUGACAGGUGAAAAUUACCAUCUCCGUGGACUAAAAUUGCGUGUAAAUACACUACUAAAUGCCCCUUCCAAAACACAAAUAUUUUAAAAAAGUAGCGAGGAAAAAACGAAUAAUGUAUUAGUUUUUUGGCGCUUUUGAGUACAAAGCCUCCGAUGAAAUGUAUUUAAUACUGUUUGAGAGAGGUUAACAUCCAAUGUACAGCAUUUGUUCAAAGCUAUUUUAGGACAAAGGCAAGAUCAGGGACCGUGACUUUCUACUUAUUGACCAGCAAUUAAUUUGACAGUUCAAGCUUUUAAACUUUCAGCAAAUAUAAUUUCAGCAAAUCAACUUUUGCGCAGUUCUUGUCGAGCUUUCCUUUUGAGCCAUUCGCUCACGAAACCAACCUUUUUACCUUAAAACUCGUUCAUAUCAAAAGAUAAAACACGUGUAUUCUGCAGGAAAGACUCGACCUUCCGGUUCAAAUUCCCCACCCCGUAAGGGCCUCUUGUCAAAGUCCCUACUCUCUGGCCCAUGCGACACUGAGUCAAAUACCCCAUGGGUUGCCCGGGCGGAAAUGUUGAAUAUUCGAGUUAAUCAGUGCACAUUCAUUUGCAGAUGAUUUCAUCAUAUAUUUAGAAUGCAACAUUGCCAUUAACGUACGGCUUUGGGCCGCGAUAUAUUCUUGAAUAGUUGUUAAACUUGGAAAGCUAACGAGUCAAAAUUCUAACAGGGCACUGCAAACAGUUACGGAAUUAUCAGACACCAAAGCUCUGAUCUUUUGAAAUUUAAAUUAUGUAUUUAGUUGUAAGGUAUCUGAUACCUUUAGGGCGCCAUUGACUAGAUACGCGAAUGAAACUAAUGGUCAAGAACAAGGAAUAAAGUAGAAUUAUCCAAGCCGGUCUUAUAAGACACGAAACUUGAAGGCCGCACCCACUACCCACAACCUGUUAAGGAAGACCGCACAGCAGCUCGAACACCAUUGAAAAUUUAUCCAAAAUCUUCAUUUGAUGUCUAAAAUAUCCAUGGGCAUCUUCGAGCCUUUUUGUUUUGUCUUUGACUUUCAAUUUUCUUACCUGAGUGUUUAGUGUGCUAGCUAGAGCACGAUUUUCCCGAGGCACUUCUCUGUGACUUUAAUCUAAUGACGUUCAAAAUGGCUUAAAAAAUAUCACAACGUAGCUCUUUAAAGAAACGGAACAACUUUAAUAAUUGCUCAUUGGUUGAAAUAUAAUACACUCCAACAUUUUAUCUGUGAUUACCAUAAUUACGAGAAAAACGACACCAUUAAUGACAUUCCUAGCGUUGUAAAUCUUUAAUCACUUUUGCGAGUCACGACAAGCCACGGAAAUAAUAAUGUUCAGCCUACCAUUAACAGUCUUAAGUACAUAAAAAACGCGUGAUCAAAAGUUUCGGAAGUCAAUAUCAAGUACCAUUCACCAUCGAGCAGCCAAAGAGAGCAAAUCGCACGUAAGGAAUAAUUUCCUUCCCAUUUCGCGGCGCAGUAAAUAUCCACUAAUGUUCACCCCCACUUCGGUAAAUAAUUGUUAACUUAUGGUUCCCCAACGAAGCAAGAGUGCAGUCUAACAGCACUCGAAAUGACGCCCGCCGAAUCUCUCCGUCAAAAAUAAACACUUAGCCCUUUUACGAUAUUUAUAAAUUAAUUUUUCCAUAUUAAGCCAGCAAUUUUUAUGACUUGGGUUUAUUUGGAGAGGCGUAACGGCAUACUUAUGCAAAUUUCCAUGGCUGAGCACUCGUUCUUAAGUUUUGCAUCAUCCCAUUCCUCUGUGUCAUAAAGCACAGAGCCCACAAAUUUUGGUCAGGAUUUUUACUAAUAUCCUGAAAGAUUCAAGCUAACUUCUAUAGUAAACGUUUCAGAUUGCUUAAGAAUUUAAAGAAAUUAAUGCUCGCAAUUAUUAGCAUUUACACCGUUUACUUAAAGCGAACUUGCUGGCUCUUGGGACGAGUGUGUGAAAUUCUUACACCAAAAGCCUAAUAUUAUAAUCAAAACACUAGGGAUAGCACUGAAAAUUAAUCCUUCUCUAAAAAAGUGGCUAACGACCAAAAAAAAUAAGACCUGUACGGAUAUAAUCGACAUCAAUAAAAUGAAAAGCAAAGUUAAGUUAAUUUUGUCUCGGAUAUCCCAAUCCCUAUCUGAGUAAUAAAAACGCAAUAGGAGGUAGAAAAGGAAAACUGCUGCCGCAUGCAAUGUUACGACAGGGAUAGCCCAGUAAGGCUCUGUUAUCAUUCCGACCAUCAUCCAAAGAAUAGAGUGAAUCAUUACAAAGCUACUUGGAUAAACAUGCGCCAGCUUCCACCUUUUCUUUUUUUCUUCUAAGGAGACGCAGCAAUAAACGUAACCAAGUAUAUAUGUUAAUCCCAUGGAAGAUAAAUAAAUAAAAGGGUAAACCAUUUUGUAUCCUCCCUUACGCGUGCUAUAAACAAUCGCAAUUAUGCCAAAAAGUAAUCCUACAUAGAAGAGAGUAACUGAAAAUGUUAAUGUCGAACUAACCACAACAUCUUUUUUUUUUUCUUGGAACAGCUGAAUAAACAAAACUGUAGCAAAAUAUCCAGCAAUUAUAGAGAAAAACCAAAAUGCCCAACAAACGUGAGGAAAUAUCUUUUUGGCUCUUUGUAGCUCGAAGCCAGGAGGCUUUUCUUCCAUAACACAUUCGACGUGGUUCAGAGCAGGAUUUAGUUGGGCUGGAAUGACAGCGAUGUCCUCGAGCUGCAGAAACAAAACAAAAAGAAAAAGAAACAAAAGAGACAUCAAUAAACUAUCUCCGUGUCAUCAUCAAAAAGAAGAAAAGUUCGACAUUUUUCAUCCUGUUUCACCGUAAUCUUAUUUACAUUUUAAAUAUAAUUUGAAUACUAACAUUUCUUAAAUGAAAACUCCGAUUACAGUUGUAACGUUACCUUCAACAAUAGCAUGCAUUCAGUUGAAAAAACUUAAGAAAAACCUGCAAAACCAUAGCUUAUUUAUAUAACAUACUCUGACAUUUAGCUAUCAUUAUUUAUUGCUUAACAAAGCAACUGACACUUGGUAGAACCAUAAAGGAAACUUUUAAAUAAAAAAUAGCCUCUAUUUUGCGCGAAAAUUUACACGAACACUAUCUGUUCAAAGAUGCGAACAGCUUUCCGAGAGCGAGGCUUGAAGAAAACUGUGAACUGUGUCGUAAAUAGAAUGUUGUACUGCAAGUGAUUUAAAGUGUUUCGUAUAACGUAUUUUAAGUACUGUAAGUAACUGUUUGUUUGGCAAGUAACAUAAGUAGAUUGUUGUUCUGUUGGCGGUGUAACUGAGUAGCCUGUAUUGUAAUUAGCGUAAAUAGUGUUCUGUAGGUAGAGUUUGUGAGGAGACCUGCAUUGUAAGAAAUGUAUGUAGUAAAUAUAUGUAUCUUAUUAUAAUCUUACAAUAUCUAAAAUCUUAAUGUAAAGUUUGAUUCAUAUUCUGGACUUACCGUCGACAAAAAUUGAACGAGUUUUUGUUCUGAUGCCUCCGAGUUGCAAAAUGUAGGAAUUGUUAUGUGUAGGAUCUCUUGUCUUCUGUCCGGCCAUAUUGAACCCAGCGAAUACAAACUUAUGGCUAGCAAGCUCAAAUAUCGGUCGCUUACAUACAAACAUGAGCGGCUCCAAAUAAACUUCCGUAAGGAUACUUGAGUAAGAUUCGUAGAAGAGUUUGUAAAAUGUACCCAGAUGUUUAUAAGUUUAGACGAUAGCUCCUCUGAGGGAUAAACGGCACGGGAUAUGUUGAAGUAGUUGUCAAACGGAGGCUUCGUCGAGGUAAGCGUGUCUUGAAUUUCGUAAUCAUAUUUAAGACAGUGUUUGUUCCUCUCUAGCUGGUUUUGAAGGCCCGACGAGGAAAAAUUUGUUUGUCUGGAGGCAGAGGCAAAAUUUGUAUCAGAUUGUACGAGUAAAAUCAGCCCAAUUAAGAAGAUGGCCAUGGCAGUAAAUAGAUAUUAGGUCGCAAUGAGAUCCUUUUUCUUACUCAACGACUUUAUGAGACGUGACUUCUCUGAAAGCUACUAUAUAUAGAAAAAUAUUCACCGAGCUACAUUCCAACCUUUUACGCGCUGAAUAAUUAGUUUUACGUGUAUUUCGGAAAUGACUUCAAACGAGAUGACUGUUAGGUACUACGUGGUCACUGUUUCGUCUUGCAUAAGAGGAAGUUUGUAAUCUCCUCAUAAGAGGCAUUGAUCACGAUAUUGGCUCUGUCGGUGGGCUAAUUACCCUUUUCUUGCAAAAAACGCUUGAGGAUAUUUUAUGAUGAUUCCAUUUGAAUAAAUUCCAACAGUUCAAGAAAGAAUAAGUGAUCCAGUUUUAAUGAGAGGUUCUAUUUAAAUCGAUAUUUGGAACAAAGCAAAAGAAAAAAACAAAAAACAGAGCAAUAGCCUCGGGCACCCUGUUGCAAACGGGAAGUAGUUCAGAGUUCUCUCUUAUAUUUCUUUUAUCAAAGAAAUGUGUCCACACCAAGCUACAUUCCAACCUUUUACGCGCUGAGUAGUUAGUUUUAUGGCCAAAUAUUUCGGAAACGACUUGAAACGAGGUCACUGUUGGCUUCAACGUAGUCACUGUUUCCUCUUACAUAAGAGGCAUUGAUCACGAUAUUGGCUCUGUCGGUUGGCUUACUCUCUUUUUUUACAGAAAACGCUUCAUCAUGAUUCCAUUUGAAUAAAUUCAAGCAUUUCAAGAAAGUAUAAGUGAUCCAGUUUAAAUGAAAGGUUAUAUUUAAAUCGGCUAUUUGGAACAAAGAAAAACAAAAACAAAAAACAAAAAACAGAGCAAUAGCCUCUGGCACCCUGUUGCAAACGGGAAGUAGUUCAGAGUUCUCUCUUAUAUUUCUUUUAUUAAAGAAAUGUGUCCACACCAAGCUACAUUCCAACCUUUUACGCGCUUGAUAGUUAGUUUUAUGGCCAAAUAUUUCGGAAAUGGCUUCAAACGAGGUCACUGUUGGCUUUAACGAAGUCACUAUUCCUCUUGCAUAAGAGCAAGUUUGUAACUUCUUCCUAGAGGGCAUUGAUCACGAUAUUGGCUCUGUCGGUUGGCUAAUUACUCUUUUUUUUUUUUUUACAGAAAACGCUUUAUCAUAAUUCCAUUUGAAUAAAUUCAAGCAUUUCAAGAAAGUGUUAGUGAUUCAGUUUAAAUGAAAGGUUCCAUUUGAAUCGGCUGUUUGGAACAAAGCGAAAGAAAAAAACAAAAAACAGAGCAAUAGCCUCGGGCACCCCGUUGCAAACGGGAAGUAGUUCAGAGUUCUCUCUUAUUUUUCUUUUAUUAAAGAAAUGUGUCCACACCAAGCUACAUUCCAACCUUUUACGCGCUUGAUAGUUAGUUUUACGACCAAAUAUUUCGGAAACGACUUCAAGCGAGGUCACUGUGGGCUUCAACGUGGUUACUGUUGGCUUCAACAUGGUCACUGUUUCCUCUUGCAUAAGAGCAAGUUUGUAAUCUCUUCGUAAGGCAUGAUUACAUUUCAAUAAAUCCCAGCAGUUCAAGAAAGUGUUAGAAAUCCAGUUUAAAUAAAAGGUUCUAUUAUUUUAAAUUGGCUAUAUUGGAACAAAGCGAAUUAAAAAAAACAAACAAACAAAACAAAACAAAACAAAACAGAGCAACACCCUCGAGCCCACUGUUGCAAACUGAAAGAAUUUCAGAGUUGUCUCUCAUCGAUAUUGUCUCUGGAACUGAGCCGGUUUAUUUAGGCUGGUGCAGCUACAUUUAUCAACCGUUUUUCCGCACUACUUUCCAUUAGCUACUAGUAGCUCAACAGGAAUUGCUUCGCUUUGGUUAUAACGUUGACAAACUAUUUUAAUUUGAGAGGUUUCAGCACAGCUCAAUGAGUUAUCGACAACCUGUGCUUGAAAGAAAAUUAGCAGCUAUGACAACCGAUAUGUCAACAAAAAAUGCAACGAGGCGACAAGGGAGGUUGAUUAAAUUGUCAAAAUAUAACUAAAUAUCGUAGUACCACGAGUUGAUAAUCCGUUUCUCCUCUUAAAAAGCUCCAUGACAUGAACCUGGGUAGCCUGUGGUUCUCCACAUAAUUUGGUGAACCCAGAUUACUUCAAACCUUACUAAGAAAUUUUUGAAAUUUUCCGAGAAGGUCUUACUGGCUUGAGUCACAUUGCACAAAGAUACAAAUCUUUAUCGAGAAAAGCAGGUAAUUUAGUGUUAACGACUGAGUUAAAAACCUAAAUUAACCACCGUAAAGGGUAAAAAAGCUGACGUUUCGAGCGUUAGCCCUUCGUCAGAGCGAUUGAUUACAUUGAGAGAAGGCCUCGAACUUCGCGAGCUUUUGAUUUAAGCCCGUGCCUAAUUUCAGUGGCUUAAAACUCGUUUCCCAUGCCCUAUGUGCAGGUGAAUCGGAUCUAAUCUAUCUUAAUCCCAAGAACUGACAGAAAAUGGCGCAAACACCGUUAGUUUGAGGGCUUGAGAGGACACUUUGUGUUGUUUACAUGACGUAUACAUAAUUGCACGUAAGGCCUGGUUACAUUAAAUCAAAAUGGCGGACGAAUCUCUUCGAGUUGUCGAGUUUUACAGUGGAAUCGGUGGAAUGCACUUUGCUUUGAAAGGUAACACAUUUCAGAGAAAGCGGUAAUGUUAAAACGACUAUUGAAUCUGUUCUCACCAUCAAUUAAGGUGAUUUCGAAACUCUCACCUCUCAUGUCGUCUUCUAAGAAAAUUGAUCAAAACAGAAUCGUCACUUCUCUUUUUGCUGGCUCAGAUGAACAUGCUGUGGCCAAAAUGUUUCUUCCAUUUGCAGGCACAGUAGUUUUCAUCUCGCAUAACGCUACCAGUCAGUCAGUUCCUCUGUUUUCCUCCAAUGGUUGACGAAAUGAAAGCGUUCACAACAUCUUGAUCAAACGUUGACUUGACAACUGCAGAAGUGUUUAGGGAUUGAAAAGAAGGAAGAAGAAGUUCAAGCUUUAUACUUGUGUGUAUUAAAAUGAAUGAAUCUCAAGCAAGAAUCAUCGGAUGUUGACAAGAUAUUUUUCAAGUGUCCAAUUGUAAUCAUGACCAGUUUUAAUUCACCAAAUCGCGAUCGUUUGAUGCCUAAAGUAUAAAAUAAAUUACAAAAUCUACACUCAAGUAAAUCUGGUGACGUUCAGGCGUAGGAUACUAGGAAAACAUUUCGUGUAAAUUGUUCAGAGAAUUUUCUCUCAAACCACUUGGAAUAUCUGAUAAGCUUCUUUUGCUUCCUUUCUCUGUUUACUUCUCUUUGAGAUGUGACUUUCAGACCAGAGUUUUUGUGCUGUUACCUUUUAUUUUUAAUUACAAUUUUUUCUACAGGUGAGCUAAAAUACACUAAGUGACUGCUACACGUGCUACAUGUUGUUCUAUCUCCACUCUAAUACAACUUUAAUGUUCCUGUUUUCAUGCCUGCAGGAUGUGGGUUUGCUUGUGAAGUGAAUGCAGCCUUAGAGAUCAACACCACAGCAAAUCAAGUGUACCAAUUAAACUUUGCUGACACAAAACUGCUGCAAAAGAAUAUAGAGGUUAGUGUGCAUGAUUUUAUAACAAGUGGUAAAAUGUUCUGUAUGCCUGGAAAGUGCCAGAGGAAAUGGACAGAAAUUUCAGCCAAUCAAUUUUUUAGACAUAUUUUUGCAAUUAAUCACAAGAAGUAACCUGUAGAGUGAUACAUUUCUAGUAUUGCGGGAUUGGUACAUUGAUCUCAAGGUGUAUUAGCACCAGAAAAUCAAAGGAGUUAGAUAGGAUGAAUGAAGAUACUUUAUUUCAGACAUCUGAAACUCUAACUGAUCAGUUUCUUAUGGUUUUUGUUUCCAAAGGAGAAAAAUCAAUCUUUAGAGAUCAAAUAUCCAAGACAGUGGAUUUGAGUUUAAGAUCUUUGAAAUGCCAGGAUUAUGCAGUACAGUUUACAUGUACUGCAGUACCCCCAGGUGCAUCAAGUGCGUAUAAUACUGCAGUACAUGCAAGCAGUACUGUAUAUCCAAAGUAGUGAUGUGUACUCCACUCAAAUUUUAGAUACUCAGAAAAGAAUAGGCCUGCAGUGUGUACAAAAGCAAUAGAUUGCUUUAAUACAUAAUUUUUAGUAAGUUUUUAAAUUGCUGGGGUGAUUAGAUUAAUGAAGUUCCUCAUUUUAUAUCUGACUUUUCCUGAUUAUCUGAUGUCUUAAAGAGUUAUAGCUGUUUAAAGAUGAUGAUAAACUUGUCUUUAAAAUACCACAUGUAGGUGUCUUCAUUUCCUUUUUCAAAAGAUAAAGGAGAAUGGAAAAUUAUCUGUAAGGUGGUAAUCUUAAUUUAUAGGUCAAGCAUGAGGGAUUUGCAGUUGAAUGUUUACUUUGGAAACUAAACUAAGUUCAGGAAUUUUCUCACCAUAAUUACAUUGUAAUUGAUCUAUGUACCUCACAGAAGAACAGUAGAUUCUGUGUAUCAUUAAUUUUUUUAGGGCAUUACAGUCAAGGAGCUGGAUCGUUUAUCUGCUGAUGUUUUCCUGAUGUCACCCCCUUGUCAGCCAUUUACCAGGUAUGUGUACUGUACAUUAAUGCAAAUGUACCAUACAUGGACAUACAAGAGAAUCUGGAGUUUCAACCAUAUAAUCCUAAAAAUUGGCACUCAAAAUGCCAAACUGUUUAGAUAUGGGAUGUGUUAAUUUUCAGUUUUUAUUAGCAGCAAGGGUUUAAUAUUUCAUUGAUAUAUAUGCAGUUCUUUUUGUAAUAAAUUUGUGGUUUCUUUCCAUGAUACACAACUUGAUCUUUUCUGGUAGAUUAGGGAUUAGGGGGAUCUGAUAAACAAUGUAUUUUAUUUCUGAAAUAUUCAUGAGGUACUUUCUUAACUUGUAGGGUUGGUCUUCAAGGUGCAUCCAGUGAUCCAAGAUCAAGAAGUUUUCUUCACAUUCUUGAACUCCUACCUCAGUAAGUUCAUGUAGUUGUUAUGUGUAUGUUUAAUAAGAUUAUUUGAUUAAAAAUCAGUGACACAAAAUUGCCAAAAGAAAUUUGUUGGUGUGAUAUAGGUCAUUAUGCAGAGUUAUCCUCCAAAAUUGUUAGUGCCUGCAAUUGUUCAGUGUAGCCUGGCUACUGUGUAACUAUUUUUUUUUCAAUGAUAGACUAUCAAAAGUGCCAGACUACAUUCUAAUGGAAAAUGUAAAAGGAUUUGAAACUUCAGAUACAAGGUAAUUACUAGGUAAUUUUGAAUGCCUUUUCCUUUGUGCUGAAUGAUCAAAUUAAGUUAUAUGUCUAUGGUGUUAACAUGUAUAUGAGAGAAAAUUUUAAAAAUGAAAAAUUUCGAGACUUGCCAUUUAUCAGCUUUCUUAGAUUAGAGCAAGUAAAAGAUUCCUCUAAAAUUAAUAAUAAUUACCAGUAUACUUUAAGCACUAGUACUAAUGAUAAUAAUUAUAAUAACAUUAAUUGACAAUGGGGCUUUGCAGGGCCAAUACAAACAAUUGACAUAAACGUUGUAAAUAAACAUGAUGAUAAUGUUUUAAACAUCCCAACUGACCAGUUGGCUGUAUACAAAGUACAGCCAAGCAGUUGAAUUUGUAGCAACCAAGAACAAGUCCAGUGAGUAGCAGGAUGGAGGGCUUGAACACCAAAUUACAAGACCAGUGCCCAGUAACCACUCAGUUACACUUCUUCCCCUACAUGUAUGGCAGCAUUGUGGUUUAUUUUGUUUGAUAUGGUUGUUUAUCAUGGCAUACUAUUUUUUUUUUUUAUUCAGAGAGUAUUUUCUUGAAACACUAAACACUUGUGGUUAUAAUUAUCAGGUACAUACAGGCAUUCUUAUUUUGUAUAAUGGUAAAUUAACUAGAGUAUUAAUACAUCUACAAUCAUAAAUGUUGGCAAACCUAUUUUGAAACAAAAAUAAGUUCCUAGUCCUUCCAGGUCUCAAAUUAACAGAAAAAAAAUCUUUAAGUUUAAAGUAAAAAGAAAAAGGCGUAUGAAAUAGCUAGUGGGCUUAAAGGAAGCCUGUUCAACUCACUUAUGGUCUUUUCUGUUGUCUUUUAGUAAGUAAGUGGACUAUAAUAGGUCAAUUUAGCAGCCCAUAUGUCACUGUACGGCGAGCUAAAUGCAAAGUUUUUUCAAAGUCAAAUAUUUGCCCUGUAUUUGAGCUCAGAAGUAUGCAUAUAAUAAAUACUUACUAACUUCAUUUUGCCAGUCCAAAAUAGAAUUUACAGAACCUCUUUUCUUUCUCUUGUAUUCCUAUCACUUGUCUGAUUUAUAUUGUAAUGAUAUUGUGAGGAGAAAUUCUGUCUUAGUAACUCAUGGGAGUUAAAGGAUUCACUAAAGUUAAGUCCACUACUUAUGUAGAUUAUUUGUCAUAGGUUGAAUCAUUUGGUAAACAAUUCUAAUAUUUGAGCACACUCAGGUAACAUACAAUUAUCAUUUCAGCCAACAUAUCAUCCUUUUUUUUCCCAUAGGAGUUCUUACUGUCUCCAGGUCAGGUAGUGUAUACAUUGUUUUAUGCCAAAAGAAUGAAUAAUGUUUUUGGAAAUUGGCUACUUUUGUCACAUGGUACAAAAUCACUGCUGGGAAGUUAUCACUUAAUAACCACCAUUUAGGUCGAUAUUUGUCCUCAGAUUAUUUCUGACGAAAAGAAGAAAGCCAGUUCAAGAGUUUUACAUUUUCAUCUUUAUUACUUUACAUAGCAAAAAAACCAACUUGUUUUGGUAGUGACAUUAAAAAGCUGAUCUCACAUGCUACAUGGGAAGUACAAAAAAUUUCAUACAAUUUUGCUUUCAAUGUGCAAUACAAAAAAUGAUGGCAGGGUUAAAAGAUAAAUAUAACCCCUCCUGGCCUGCUGUUAUGUCGGCUGAUAAGGUUGUUUGCUCAGAGAUUGUCCUCAAAAUUUCACAUUUGCCAUCGAAUCUUUGCCUCUUGGCCAAAUAUUCAUUUUUUAGACUAUCUCUCAGCCGCGAACAUUAUCAGCUGACAUACCAGCCACCUGAAGGGGUUUAUGAACUAAACAAUUGUUUGCAUUACUUUUGCAACUUUUGCACAGUUCUGUGUCAGGCCCAACUAGAGUUUUUAGUGUAUUCAAUUACUGACGGUCUUCUCAAAUCAUGUUUAAGAUAUUUUUGUAUCAUAAUUAGGGUAUAAAAAUUUUCCAUUCAUUACAAAUGUUUGGUGUUUAGUACAUAGACAAGAGCCAACAACUCCAAACGCAAAAAGUUAUCUCAGGAUGUUUUGGUAUUCCACUAUUCCCCUGUCCUUAUCCCCAGUCCCCACUCCCUGGCCCGGCCUAAGCCAUCUAUGUGUAACCUUUUUUAUUCCCCCCUCUAGUUGCAAACACAUUUCCCUGAAAAUUAAUUAUGAGAAUUUGGUGUUAGAUCAUGAUAACAACUUAUACCCGAUAAGUUUGAAUAUUCUCAUUACCUGUUUGCUGGAUAAUGUACAGAUAUUAAAGGGAGAGGUUACAUGUUGGUCACGUAAAGGAGUUUAAGGGUUAAAGUACUGUAAAGUACUUUUAGUGUACAUCUAAUAGCAUUGUUGCACUGUUACAUUUGCAGUUCGAAAUCCCCAACUCUCGUCUAAGGUACUAUCUUUUGGCAAAGAGGAAACCCCUUCGAUUUUGCUUCCCAACACGUAAUGAGGUAAACAGAUUGUAAACUACUUAUGUGGGCUUUAACCACCAUGGCGACAUUUUCUAGAAUACUAAAAUUGAUAUUAGAACGUUAAUUUUUCGCAUUAAAGCAACAUACGGUAUAUUUACAACAAGAUUUGACUAAAAUCUUUGAACAGACCCACCUCUGGUUAUGUUACGGAACUCAGAGCACACAGGUCUCACGUUACGAUUCGAUUAUUGCUACUAGCUGUUUAUGUUUCUUGAUAGCCUCUAUUUUAACUCGUUCACCACACUCCUACAUAACUAAUAUGUCUACUAGAGACACAAGUUGACAGUCGGUAACUUUUUUGGUCGACAGUUGACAAAUAAGACUAGGUUUGCUUUUCUAUCUUUGACAGAUUAUGGAGAGCUUUCCAGACAUGUAUCUCCAUGCCGAAAAUCGAUGUCACUAUCAGUGCAGUGGUUGUGGAAAUGACCCGAUGUCAACAGGGUAUGAAGUAGAUGUGGAUGACCACGAGCAGUCGUCUGCGACAGAGUGCACUGUUGAAUUGAAUCAAAGAUCACAUCAUAACCCCGCCUGCUCGAAAUGCUUUAGGACAAGAAAUGAACGAUGUUCAGAAGUACCCGCAAUGGACUCAAGUAGUCAGGUUUACGAGCUAAAAAAUUGUCGACGAAUCUGUGACUACCUAGAGAAUGGUAAAGAUGAUAAUUACUUCGAAGAGUUUCUUCUACCGGAGAAGGUUCUGUGUAAAUUUGCACUCCUUUUAGGUAAGAGCAUGACGCAUUGAGACAAAGCUUAUCCUUUAGUAAAACGUCGUCCUGUAAUGACUGAAGAUUAGUUAAAGCGGUUUUUGAAGUUCUGUAGGAUGCCCAUUUGCCAACGGGCUCGAAUCCGAAUCUAGAGGUCCGGCAGUGAGCCUUGGCCGGGGCAGUCGGGGUUUCGCUCUUGGAAAGGUACAAAUUCUUCUUUCUUCUCACAGAGGCUUCUCCACUCAGGAAUAUAAAUAGUUGCUGGCAAACUGUCAGCGCAACUUGCAACGAAUUAUUCAGGCUUACCUGUGAUUGACUGGCAUCUUAUUCAGGCGGAUCCUUACAACCUUAAUCUAGCCUUUUACCUGGGCUCAAGAAAAGAAAGAACUGAAAUCAUUUCCAGAACUGGCUGUCCCUAAUGUUACAGCUAGACAUAGUCUUCUGUUACUACUCUCUUCAGAAAAACAAAUCAUGACGCAAAUCAUGAGUUAACGUGGAUUUAGUCUCAAAAUUAUUACACUCACCUGCAGCGGACUUAUCGCAAGCACGGCGACGGUCGGUAUUAUUGAAUUCGCUGGGUCAAGCAAACAUGACAUUCAACAAGGGAAUUGAACGAAGCAACCAAGAAGCAUCAAUUCCCGUCACACCAGUAUACACCAAGGAUUUUCAUGCUAUUGAGACCGGGACACACUCUGAUAUUUAAUGGGUCGUAGUGCAUCAGCGGUCUGGCCCGAAUAGUUUUAUUAGAGAUGCAUCCAGUUUUCAGUGAAUCUUUCAUGAAUUAAUGACCUUACAAUAAAAAAAAGUCUUCAUAAAUCGAUUACUAAAGGUUCCCGCCUAUGCGUAAAAACACCUUUAUUGACAUGGGAAGAUGUCAAUGUUCACCGCAAAUUAUUCUGCUUUUCAGCUUCAGAAUAUGAGCUGCCACUUAAUACAUCCAUCAUCUUUCUUCAUCCUUCUCUUUCUUAUGAAUGCAUUGUUUGCAUGAAUUUCUAGAAACAUAACAUGUCAGUCUUACAAAUAUUACUGCCUUGUCCACGCUCUGUAACUGUUUAUUAUCUUACUUUCACAGACAUCGUCAAUCCUCAAUCUGAGCGUUCCUGUUGCUUCACAAAGGC